AUGCUUGACGUCAAUUCCUUUAUCACUGAACGUGGUGGAGAUCCAGAGGCGAUCCGUGAGUCGCAGAGGAGGAGACAUAAGCCAGUUGAGGAUGUUGAUGCUAUUAUCGCACUCUUCAAGGCUUCCCGAGAAGCUACCUACGCCGUUACUCAGACUGGUGCAAAGAUCAACGAUGCUCAAAAGCAAAUUGGACUUCGCAAGAAGGCCAAGGAAGAUGCGACUGAAUUCCUCGAACUAAAGAUUUCCCUGGAAAAGGAGAAGAAGGAACUGGAAGUUAUCGCCAAACAAGCCGAGGCCGAGCUAAACCGAAAGCUCUCCACCAUUGGAAACUUUGUUCACGACAGCGUCCCCAUUAGCGAUAACGAGGAUAACAACGCUUUAAUACGAGAAUGGAAACCCGAGGGCACCACUGUCGAGGCGAAGGAGGGAAUUCUCUCUCACCAUGAAGUCCUAACAAGACUUGACGGCUACGACCCAGAGCGUGGAGCAAAGAUCGUUGGCCACAGAGGAUAUUUCUUGAAGAUGUGGGGUCUCCUUCUCAACCAAGCGCUUAUCAACUACGGUCUCGAAUUCUUGAUGAACAAGGGUUACACUCCGAUUUCCACUCCUCAGUUCAUGAACAAGGAAUACAUGGCCAAGACCGCACAGCUCGAGCAAUUCGACGAGGAGCUGUACAAGGUUGUUGAUGGCGACGAUGAGAAAUAUCUAAUUGCUACCUCCGAGCAGCCUAUCUCUGCCCUCCACGCCGAUGAAUGGUUCACCACUGCCGAUGUUCCAAAACGCUAUGCCGGUUUCUCCAGCUGUUACCGUCGUGAAGCUGGUUCUCACGGCAAAGACGCCUGGGGUAUCUUCCGUGUCCACCAGUUCGAAAAGGUUGAACAAUUCGUUCUCUGUGAUCCCGAAAAGUCUUGGGAGGAAUUCGACAAGAUGAUCAGCUACUCCGAGGAAUUCUACCGAUCCCUCGGCCUGCCGUACCGUGUUGUUGCGAUUGUCAGCGGGGCGUUAAAUAAUGCCGCCUCUAAGAAAUAUGAUCUUGAAGCUUGGUUCCCGUUCCAAGGUGAAUACAAGGAACUAGUUUCUUGCAGCAACUGUACAGAUUAUCAGAGCAGAAGCUUGGAGAUUCGAUACGGAGCCAAGACACAGACCGACACCGUGAAGAAGUACGUUCAUGCUUUGAACUCGACUUUGACGGCUACGGAGAGAGCUAUGUGCUGUAUCUUGGAGAACUAUCAAACACCAGAGGGAUUUAACGUUCCAGAGGUUCUACGAAAAUACUUGCCAGGAAAUCCGGAGUUUUUGCCGUUUACAAAGGAGUUGCCAAAAGAUACUACCAGUGAGAAGAAGAAGAACCAGCAGCUUAAGGUUGUUGGUAAGAAGCAAGCUUAG